AUAGAUAAGACAGAAGUUAUGCUUUCUAUACUAGGCUCUGUUAAAGUCUUAGUAAGUAAGGAUAACCGGCAAGACUAUAGAGGUGCCGGCGUAAAACGUAUAAUAGUAACCGCUAUUAAAUGCGUAUUAGCGAGUGGUAAGUGUCUGAACCUAAUAAUUAUCUGGCCAGCCUCUACCUAUCAGAGCAACUAG